UUGGCCCGCGCUGAGGUCCCGCCGGCGCUCUCGCGAGAGGUGCCAUUCUGAGGUGAUCUUCCGAGCGGGAAGGAUGUCCGGCUACUGGGACAUCCCGGAGGGCACGGAGUGCGCGAGGAAGGCCUGGCUCACGGGCCGGCUCGGGGCCGCCGUCGGCCUGGUGGGCUCCAUUUACCACGUCAUCUUGUUCCCGUCAGAAACGACCCUGCACGCCUUCCAGAGGGUCGCCAACGCCACCGUCGGGAUGGCCACCCUGGGGGCCGUUUUCGGGGUGACCACGUGUCUCAGCGCCGAGAUCCGGGACGCCCCCGAGGACCCGCUGAACUACUUUGCCGGGGGCUGCAUGUCGGGCGCCCUCCUCGGAGCCAGAGCGCACAACUUUGGCGUGGGCACCGCCUGCUGCCUCGGCCUGGGCACGGUGGCGGCCUUGACCAAAAUCGGCAAGAAGGAAGGCUGGCGCGUGGUAGGACCCCCCAUAAACUGAGCCCCCGGCCACCCGAUUGACGUGUAAGAGACUCACUAAGGGAGCACCAUGCACAUCUUUUACAGACAUCAAUAAACAACUUUGUGGUCCUUC